UUGUAUUUUGUUGUCUAUUCCAGUCAUAUAUUCAAAAGCCCGCCACCUUUCGUCGCCUUCCUCCUCUUUCUGAAAACGUCCCACUGAAGCUCUUAACCAAAUCCCUCUCUCUCUCUCUCCCUCUCUCUCUCCCCCCCUGUAUGCUAUAUAAUCCCUAUAUAAAAAAUAUAUUUUAUUCAUACAAAAUUACCCAUGUCCUGCUUCGAUAGAAAACCUAUCUGGGCUUUUGCCAAUUCAAACUCAAAUUCCAAUUCAAGAACUUGUAGUGGUGGUGGUUGUUAAAGCGGGAAAAGGUGAGCUCCAGUGGCCCCACACCUACCAAUACAAUGGAGCAGAAAGAGGUGGUGAUAAAAGAAAGCAGUGGCAAGGUUGGUGACCGUGAUCGUGAUGGCUGGGGCGAUGAAUCGGAUCAUGGGGUGCACACUUGGACUGAGAGGGAGAGAAGGAAGAAGAUGAGGAGUAUGUUCUCCAACCUUCAUGCUUUGCUUCCUCAGCUUCCUGCUAAGGCAGAUAAGUCCACCAUUGUUGAUGAGGCAAUAAGAUACAUCAAAUCCCUUGAGCACACUCUCCAAACAACACAAACACAAGGGCUUGACAAAUUUUCUGCAUUGACAGCAUCAAACACAGAGUUAACUUGUGAUACAAGGGAAGCAUUUUUGGCUGAUCAUUUUCAUCAGGGUCCACCAACAUCAAACAACUUGGCAUUGCCGGCUUCUCUUUUUCCGCCUUCCUUCCAGACGUGGUUUUCCCCAAACUUUGUCAUGAACAUGAGCGGCAACGAUGCUCAGAUCAGCGUUUGCUCACCACCAAAGCCAGGGCUCUUGACUACUAUGUUUUACAUACUAGAGAAGCAUAAGCUGGAUGUAGUAUCUGCUCACGUAUCCUCGGAUCGAUAUCGUUGCAUGUACAUGAUCCAUGCUCAUGCGGGUGCAGCUUGUGAUAAUUUUCCAGAGGCAUUGUCAGUGGAGGACAUAUUCAAACUAGCAGCAGGUGAAAUGAACUUGUGGCUCUUGUCAUGUUGAUUAAAUGUACUUGAUAGCGUGAUUACCAUAGAAGUAGAACUAGAAGAAGCAAGGAAAAUUGAGCUUUUAGUUGAAGUGCUUUUAGGAAAGGUUUUGUGGAGUGGAUACUAUAUGUGCCCACUGGUGGCCUGUAAAAUUGGGCUUUUCCUUUGAUCUUUGCUUGCAACUUCUUCAGUUCUCCUUGAGUUAGCUCAGUAAUUCUGGAUGAAUCUUGC